AUGCUGUUUGUUUCUGGUUUUCUUCAGGAGGAAGAAACACACAAAGGAAAUCUUCAAAGGGCGAUGUCCGUUUCUUCUAUGUCAGAAUUUCAGCGCCUGAUGGAUAUUUCUCCAUUUCUACCAGAAAAAAAUUUGCCUUCAUCCAGCAGCAAAGAUGACAUAACCCCUCCCCUGUCUCCUGAUGAUCUGAAAUACAUCGAGGAGUUCAACAAAAAUUGGGAUUACAGUACCACUAGGAACCAUGGUGGGGCCACUGAGAAGCCUGCUGAAGGCUGGGCAGAAAGGACAGAAAUGGGGAAAGCUGGGAGCGAUCCUGCUUCAGAUCCCUUCCAGGCAUCAUCAUGGUACCUUACCACCAGUGUCACUAUGACAACUAACACCAUGACCAGCCCAGAGCACUGUCAGAAGCAGCCAACAAGGAGUCAUGGCGUAACCGAAAAAAUGGGAGUUCGGGUCUUUCACAGCCCUCCCGUUGUCCGUAGGUUUGAUAACUCGGUGAUAGCUGGCAGCGAAGGGAAAAAACAGGUUGAGCCGGACUUCCUGUUUUCUGUGACCAAAGCUAUGGGGAAUGUCGCUGAAACAAAAGGUGCUUCCUCGGAUAUGUUUGGAAGAUGGUCUUGUGACCUGGCCAAACAUCAUAAGGAUUUUCUGGAUAGUGGUCUUCAUCCCAUUGAACGUCCUAUUUGCACUACUGUGGGCUUUGCCUCCCCCUUGCACAGCCUGGAGAUGUCGAAAAACAUGAGCGAUGAUAUGAAGGAGGUCGCUUUCUCUGUCCGAAACGCAAUACGCUCUAACUCUAAUUCAACGGAGCCUCAGUUUAAGGACACCGCGUGUCAAACCAACGGUAUGAGAACGACGGGGACGCAGACCACCCAGACGAUCAGUGUUGGCUUGCAGACGGAAACCCUGCGCAAUAUCACCAGCAGUCCACACAAGUGUCUGACGCCAAAGGGGGGGUCCACACCUGUCUCUUCACCAUCCAGAAGCCUAAGAAGCAGACAAGUGACUCCUGUCAUUGAAAAGGUCCAGGCUAAGUUUGAACGCACAUGCUGCUCCCCCAAAUAUGGUUCUCCAAAGUUGCAAAGAAAAAUCCUUCCCAAAUCAGACCAGCCAAAUAACCGGACUUUGCCUGGCACACCUCAGAAAGGAUUCAGUGAAUCCGCUUGGGCUAGAUCAACUACUACAAGGGAGAGUCCUGUCCACACCACCAUCAACGAUGGCCUCUCCAGUUUGUUCAACAUUAUUGACCAUAGCCCCAUCUUUCAUGAGACCCUCCAAAAAUGCCCCAGGUCUAGCAGUCGGUCCAGGUCAGCAGAACCCAGACCAGAACUGGGCCCAGUGCAGGAGCCAUCUACAAAUGCCCGCGGCAGAUCACCCAGUCCUCUCCGGUUGGGGACAGAGAUGCAAAAGGAAGAAGGGACUGAGGUGACAAGUAUCAGGCAGGACUUAUCUGCUCCUCCAGGGUAUACACUUACAGAAAAUGCUGCCAGGAUCUUGAAUAAGAAACUUUUGGAGCAUGCCUUAAAGGAAGAGAGAAGGCUACCUUCACACAGCCCACCAAAUCUUAGCAAUGACAACAGCACAGGAGAAAUUGUCAAAGUAGAUCCAGGGUCCAUAGAGGAACUACCUUGUUCUGCACUAGCCCCGUCCCUCCAACCCUGCUUCUCCCGGCCAGAGAGACCAGCGAACCGGCGCCCACCGUCGCGAUGGGCUUCACAUUCCCCUACUGCCUCACAGUCGCAGUUCACCGGAGACCUGACUUCCUCGGAGGAGAGCGGAAGCAAGGAGCCGCCAGCAGAGACCCCCAGCCAGGAGGCGAGCCGGCCUGAUUCCACAUGGGAUUAGGUGGGGCCACGACUCGCCUCCGCCAGGUCGCCCGCCAGCCGUCUCUGCCGUGAAGGAGAGAGGUCCGCUUGGAGAGGUCAAAGAAUGUUCUCAGAUGCAGCUGCUGAAUGUCCGACCUGGGAAACAGAGGUGUUUCUAGAAUGAAACAGUUAAUGUGCCUGUAAUAACUUAAUUUUUUUCAUAGCUGAGAAAACUAUUUUUGUCUCCAUCUUUUCUACAUACAGUAUAUUAGCAAAAAAAAAGGUAAAAAUGAUAUAAAGUAAGAUUUAAAAUAAAAUGUAAAUUAAGUUUUAAGGGAAUUUGAAUACGCGCUCACGCUCUCUCCAAAUACUGACUGCCUUUUGGUUAUAUUUGCACUGUUAUGUUUUCGAUUUUGGUUUUGGGUUUUUUGGGUUGUUUUAUUUUUUAUUUCAUGUAAAACUAGGGUCUUAAGUUAAUUUUAUUCUAUUUUUAUGUCAGUGUUACUGUUUUUUAAAAGUAAGGUUCUUAAAGAUGCUUCGACUGUCUGAAGCGAUACCUUUUAAGUAGUGAAGAAAGCCAUUAAGCUAGUUCACUAGACUUGUAUUAAUUGAGAUGGAGGGGAAUACAGGUAAACACAAGAAAAAGUGUGUAAAAAAAAAGAAUGCCUCAGAAAGUCUUAUGGAGUUAGCUGUAAAAUACACCUACAAUACUUGACUUGCAUGCCUCUGGGUCCUCGCACUUUAGUGCAUGUACAUACUGCUACUGUACCAUCACAUAAAUGUGAGUCAAUCUGUUUCACUGUAAUAUUGUUGUGAAUUUACCUGUACUGUACUUUUAUUGUUGGUAUUCUUGCAUUGACUAUACAAAAAGAGUUUUUAAAUUAUUGUUAGCAGUUCAACUGGCUAUGUACAGCGUUUACGGAGAACUUCCUUUGUUUUGGGAAAACCACGGAGAUCUCUGGGCAUACUAAAUUGUAACUGGUCUUGUUUAAGAGUCUGUUGGAGACCAUGUGAAGUGGAAAUAAAACCCUCAGUAUUUACAA